CUCGGGAAAUGUUUGAAAUUACAGUCUAGCAAAGUCACUUUUUUAUUGCAGCAAAUAGCAUAUAAAAGAUAUAUAGUGUUUGAAUUCAAACAUGACUACGAUGUGGCAGCAAGUGUUGGCUAUAGACGCUAAAUACAACACUUACAGAACGCCGAAUAAUCCCCAAUUUAGAACAUUGUACAUUCGAAGAAGAAGCCAGCUACUGAGAGAAAGCGCCAAGGCUGGGUUUGAUCCCCAGCUGAGAAAGCAGUAUCUAAAACAGAGAAUGCAGCUCCUGACUGACAAGUAUGGUGCAAGUAUCUCACUCUCAGAUCAAAGUGGUAGCCUGUGGAGCAGAAGUGCAAGUGUUCGAGGAAGCCGCACCAAUCUAGACAUGCUUGAUGAUAGCCUGAGUGAGAUCCGUACCCACCGUCGUCAGCACAGCCGUGGCUCCUCCAGUAAACUGGACCUGAUGGUAGAGGAUCAGGCUAGACUGGUUCCCACCAGAGAAGCUGGGGCUAGCAAAGCUAUGGCAGGAGGGACUUCGCUCUCAGAGAACUAUGCAUUCACUGGUAUGCAUCAUAUAUUUGACCACCAUCAACGGGCAGUGACUGCAGUGAAGUUUGCUAAUGAUGACAAGUCAAGGAUAGCCUGCAGCUCACUAGAUAAGACCAUCUCCAUCUGUCAGGUGUUGCCUUCACCCGCUACAGUGGUCUGUGUGUUAAAGGGACAUACCAAAGGAAUCACAGAUUUUAGUUGGUCUUUGUCCAACGACCUCAUCCUGUCAUGUUCUCUGGAUGCAACAGCUCGUCUAUGGGUUGUGAGCAGUGGGGCCUGUGCUCGUACAGUCACCGAUCCCCAGCGUGCCCCUCUACAUGCAUGCUGCUUCCAGCCGCUCAAUAACAACAUGGUGGUUACGGGCAAUACCAGAGGUCUGAUACAGGUCCUGAAUGUUUCCACAGGGAAACCUACCAAGGGCGGUCAAGGGAAACUGACCGGUCAGGUGCUAUGUCUGGCAUUCAACGAUUCAGGUACCCUUCUGUGGGGUGGAGAUGAUAAGGGUGUAAUCUCAUCGUUCCAAUAUGACAUGGCUACAGGCAAACUCACCAAAGGAAAGAGAUUGGUUGUAUGCGAGGGGAGUCCCAUCACCUGUAUAUCAUUCCGAGCCUGGGUAUCUAGGGAAGCGAGGGAUCCCCUUCUCCUCAUCAACUGUGCUGUCAAUCAACUAUGCCUUUACAAGAUAACAAGCAGUGACGGUGAGGUGAGUCUGAAGAAGACAUUUUCCAUCAAGCAUCGCAAGGAGACCAUCCGGAGCUCAUUCUGCCCUCUCAUGUCAUUCAGAGAGGGAGCGUGUGUGGUGACUGGCAGUGAGGACAUGAGCGUGUACUUCUUUGACAUAGAACGUAAAUUAAAGCCAUGUGUGAACAAGCUCCAGGGUCACUCUGCUCCUGUAAUGGGUGUGAGCUUCAACUAUGACGAGAGUCUGCUUGCUACAUCAGAUGCUGAGGGUUUGGUGAUUGUUUGGAAGAGACAACAAGAUGAAGGAGCUCCAAUUCUUGUUGAACAGACAUGAUGGCUCAAGAUGGCACCAAAAUCAAAGAAUCGAAAUGAACUUUCUAUCUUAGAUGACGACAGACAGAUCCUUGGAUUUCUCUGAGAGAUUGUGGGGCUGGCUUCAUGUACUGGGAAUAUCGCACUAUAGCAUUGAUAAUUGUACACAGGCAUAUGUGUUUGAUUAGUCUUGGCAAGCUAUAAAUCUGCCAUGACGUCAUUGUUCCGCCAUCCUAGAGGCUGAGGUCGUUGCCUUGCAUACGGAUAUGCGCUGGUGAUCUUCAGCUUGCUAGCACAUCUUUGACAAAUCCGUAUCCGCUGAAGAAGGGCGCUAUGAUUUUAUGACGUCAUAUGCAUACAGCAGAAUGUGACAAUGUGCUUCAGUGCAUGGGUAAAUGCAAAAGGAAGUUUUGUCACUGGGAGGUUGCUUGAAUAUGCUUGAUGAUCUGUCAGUCACUUCUGAGUGCUGGAUCGUUGCCUCUGAUGAGGAUAUGGAUGUUACCAUUAAUAAUUCUAUGGGUGCUAUCUAUCGCCUUAUGUUAUUGAAACUAGUGUUUAGCAUUUACCCGAAUACAGGUAACUAUAUGAAAUUCUAUUUUGAAUCUUUAAUUAAUAAGACGAGUAGGAUUCGAUUCUUGACAUUCAAUAGCUGAGUAGUUUCAAUUAUUCAUUAUUUAAUUUUUCUGAUAUUAGAAUAUCAAAAUAGCUGUCUGUGUGUUUUCCAGGUUUGAACAGUGGGGGCAUGCAUAUUAAAAAGAUAUACAUUCUAACCUAUUUACAUAUAAUUUUGUGGGGAGAGAGUAUUACAAAACAGUAACGAUUAUAAUGAGAUGAUUAUCUGGGUUAUUUAAUUGAACAAGAUGUCCAACAAAAGAUUUUGUUUUCUCUGAUAACCUGAACUCACUUUUUGUACCAUGUGCAAUAGAAUUGAAAAGAAGCUGUAAGAGAAAUUCUUAGAUUCCUUUUUCUGUUCCAUACUAGUACAAAAUUAUGACCUUAUAACUUAAAAAUGCUUUGAAUUGAUGAUAUACUCAAUGAGAAUUAUAUCUGAAGUUUAUAUUGAUACCAUGCAAGUCUGCCACACAUUGACAAAAGAAGGCAAAUGACAAAAAUGUAAUUUCUUAUUCAAAAACAUCUCUGUGAUUUAUCUAGAUGCCAAUCCAUUAGCAUGAUGUGUAACCAAACACAUCUUACAGUGAAUCAGGUGCGUGUUUCAUAAAGACUUGUUAUAAUAUCAUAUGCCCACUUUCUAAUAAUAAGUUUAAUAUCAGCCAUUCAAUUUGAAGGAUUUCAGUAGCUUUAAACUCUGAUUAUUAUAACAAGUUUUAUGCAACGGGCCCCUUGUGCCUGUGUCAUAAAUCUGUUAUAUACAAAUUUGCAAUAACAGUUUAAAGCUACUUAAAUCAUUCAAUUUGAUUGUCUUAAGGCCACCGCACACCUUAAGAUUGGUCUGCAACCCGAUUUCAGAAUAAAAUGUAGUAGAAUUCGAUGCUAAAAUUGAGACUGGGAAUAUCUUCCUGUGUAAUGUUCUAAAUCAUCGUACGAAUACCUAUGAUCAAAUCUCUGACUAUGCUAUCAUCCUUCUUAGAAUAAAAGCAAAUUUAUUAUCUAGUUGUAAUGAUGCAGUCGUACGAUUAGCUAUGAUUUGAAAUUUGGCCUUAACUCCGAAAAAAAAAGGCUUGCAAUCUUUCAAAAUGGUUAUACUAGUAUACUAGACAGAUCCU